GGAAAGUUGGGAUGGAAGACGAUGCACAUCAAUAAGGUGCUCGGUCUCCCCCCCGCGACCCGGGAGGGGAUAGGGACGAAGAUGAGAGGCUCAGAGAACUGAUGCGGUUGUGUUAUGAGGAAGGGAUUAUGCCCUCUAAUAUAGAUCCAGGUGAGAUGACAGUGGAAGGAAGAGAGGUGAGGUUUAGAGUUAACGAGCACAUAGAUAGAGUGAAGAUAGCUUGGUUGAAGGAACACACCGUGACUGUAAUCUUUCGAGAACGGGUGAGAUUUCUCCCCAAGAAAGUUAAGGACGAUAUCGUACGUGCCUUUGAAGACGACAAAAUUCAGGACGGUAGUUUUGACACGGCAACUUUUAGACGUGGAAGGGUGAAAGUGGAGAGUCCAAAUGUGGUCUCCUACAUGGCGAAAUCAAGAGCGAUUGCAACGUGGAUGGUUACCAAAGGACAUGACGACAUCACUAUUGGUCAGGACACCUACAAGCUGGAGUUCAAACCAUGGAUGUCAAAAGCUCAGCUCCGGGAGCAACAUCGAGAGGAGGACGCUCUUACCUUCUGGGUUACUGUUGUCCAAGUGCCUCUGGAUUCGUUUUUGUACCUAGAGGCACAAGUGGCAAGGGCAAUUGGCCCCAUAAUCCGUAAACAUCCAACGGAACCAGACCGCCUCAAGCCCUCACUCGUCAACGUCAAAUUCGAUAUUGACCCGGCUUCUCGUCCUAAUAUGAAGGACAAGAUCUGGGUAAUUACUCCAGAAGGCGACGAACUGGAAGUCAAGUUAGCGUCAUCGGAAACUCCAAGGUGCAGACGAUGUCGAGCGUUCUUUCACACCGACAAUGAAUGCAGGAGAGGGGCGUGACAAAAUCAACAAAACAGCCAACCUGCU